CUAGGAGCAGCCAACCAGUUCCGUGCUGUUCGUCCAGACCUUGUUUGAUCGUUGAGUUGUCUUAUGUGCCACUGCCAUCCGGUCCUGUCUGCCCACAGCCCGUCAGGUCUCUCCUCAUUAUUUCGUGUGCAGGUCUUGUGCGAGUUUUCUUCUCGUCGUCCUGGGCGUAACCAGUGUUUAAUAUAAAUUUUUCUACCCGACCCGAGAAGCGUGCUCUUUCGAAACCAAACCUGCUCAGCCGCCCGUUUGGAAGGCUCCGUACGGCCCGCACUCGCCUGAGCAAGUUCCAAGGUUCCUGCGAGAAACGUGCUCGCCCAGCGCGCACCAUCCCCUUGAGACAUCCCAUCUCUUCCCACACGCCAUCAUCAGACCAUCCGGAUGGCUCCACCACCACUAAGCUUCAAGAAUGCCUCCUUCAGAAGCUUUGGCUCGUUCUCCACCGCCGCAUCGCCACUGAGGAACUCGUUCACGCUCUCAUGUCGGUCCCCCAUCACACCAACGCCAGAAAUCAGGCAGGCAUGCUCGACCCCGAGGCAUGGGUCUUUUCUGGAGCCGCCAAGAUCAUUCAACGGGCCGGGCACAAAGGGUGGUCUGUCGACAUCGAUAGGUCAUGGUGGAUACGCGUACGAGGAGGACGAAGACGACGCCUCGAUAGACUCACCUACAGACCACACAUGGUUCCUGCCGCACUCGCCGGGGCUUCCGCCCCGGCCAUCACUGGUCCAACAGGAUGAAGGCAAGCUUGGCGUCUUGUCCGCCAUUAACAUCAUCGUGGGAAAGACAAUGGGUGUCGGUGCCUACACUGUGCCCUCGGCCAUCUUCAGCGGCGUUGGGUCCGUUGGCAUGACACUCCUGCUUUGGGUCAUCGGCAGCCUCAUCUCCUUCUGCGGGCUGGCGGUAUACCUCGACCUGGGCACGGCGAUACCGCGCUCAGGCGGGGAGCGGGUUUACCUGGAGCGGAUCUUCCGGCGGCCGUACAUGCUGGCCACGUGCAUGUUCAUGUCGUAUGUCGUGCUGCUGGGCUUCUCGACGCCCAACGCCGUGGUGCUGGGCGAGUACGCGCUGUACGCGACGGGCACCGAGCCCAACAGGUGGAACGUCCGGCUCAUCGCCGCCCUCGCCGUGUCGCUGCUGUGCUUCGUCCACGCGCGGAGUCCCAGGCUGGGCCUGAGGCUGAUCAACACCCUCGGCGUGGCCAAGAUGGCCAUCCUGGUCGUCGUGGUUGUUUCUGGGGUCGCGGGCGGGGUCAUGGGCGUCGGCGCAGACCGGGAGUCGGCCAUCAUCGAGGGCCGCCGGGUCGACCUCGCCAUGAGCGGCAACCAGCCCUCGUCGUCGGCGCAGCGGAACUUCAGCAACAUCUGGGAGGGCACGUCGACGCAGCCAUACGACUAUGCGACGGCGCUGCUCAAGGUGAUAUAUUGUUUCCGCGGGUACAGCACGGCGAACCAGGUCCUCAGCGACGUGAGGGACCCGGUCCGCACCCUCAAGGUCGCGGCGCCCGCGGCCCUGGCCUUCGUCAGCGCCGCGUAUCUCGCCGUCAACGUCGCCUUCUUCCUCGUCGUCGACAAGGACGAGUUCCGGUCCGCAGGCGUCGUCGUCGCCGGCACCUUUUUCCGCAAGGUCUUCGGCGACACCCUCGGCGAGCACGUCCUGCCGCUGUUCGUCGUCGUCUCCGCCGCGGGCAACAUCGCAGCCACCAGUUUCGCGCAGGCCAGGGUCAACGAGGAGCUUGCGAAGGAGGGCGUGCUGCCGCGCUUCUGGCUGACGGACCGCCGCGCCGACGAGACCGCCGCGGCCCGGUCAGCCAGCCCCAGCAAGACACGCAGCCUUACCGCGUCGGAGGGGAGGAACGGCGGCACCAUGUCCAACACCCCCUCGCGGGGCCUGCUGCUCCACUGGCUCGUGUCCGUGGCGAUGAUCGUGCUGCCGCCCCCGGGCAAGAUCUACAACUUCCUGGUCGACAUAGGCGGCUACCCCGUCUCGUUGAUCAGCGUCGCCGUCUCGCUUGGCCUCCUCCACCUGCACAACUCCCGCUCCGAGGGGUGGGUCACCCCUUGCAAAGCGCCGCGGGUUGCCAUCGUCGUCUCGGCAGCCAGCAACAUCCUGCUGCUCGUGCUGCCCUGGAUCCCGCCCGUGGGCGGCAUGGGCGAGGACGACCAGUUCCCCUACUUCACAUACCCGGCCACCAGCCUUGGCGUUCUGGGCCUCGGCGCAACAUACUGGUGCUGGUGGAGGACGACAGAGAGCGCGACCACGGGACGGUCGAGGGCCGGCCGUCUCCUUGUCUCCGGCGCCGGCGCCGCGGCCCCUGCGGAGAUGUACCCCGGCUUUGGCGACAAUGACUCGGGGGCGCUUACGAUCCGGGUCGCGGAUGAUGACAGCGAGGGCGAGGGCCAGGAUGACGAAGACGACGAGGACGACGCCGACGACCGCAGCGAGACGGUGGUUGGCGAGGAAGAGAAACGCCAGAAAUCCUUUGAAAUGGUUGAUGUCAGCGGGCGGGAGGUCUGCGGCUGUCCUGCAUGUCCCAUGGUUAGGAAAAGACCAAGGUGCGGUUGCGAAGCCUGCCCUUCUAAGGGUCACGAGAGUUGAAAGGGACAGGACCUUGCUUGCCUAGGGAACGGGGUUCCGGGACAACUUGUAAGAUUUGAGACACGAAACCUUUUGUAUAUAUUGCCAGUUGUGACGGCAUUACAUAGAUACCCAUUGGAAUUUACCAUGAGUUGUGCUGGGAACAUUUGAAGUAAGCGUGGCUGCGUCCACCCUUGGCGACCAGAAAUAGCAUUGAUAUGCCAGAUACGACUGGUUGUCUUCCCAAAACCCUCGUCUCCGCCAGGAGUAGUAACGACCAUCCUGGCGCUCAGUCCUCCGCCAUCUUCCCCUGCCAGAACCAGCCUUUCCCUCUCCUCAACACCUUAUUCUCCUCCCUCUCCUCCAAAGGCAGGGGAUCUUCACCACCAAGCACAUAGCGCCGGUGCCAACUGCCGACGAACAGGCCCCUGGGGUCCACCUUGUCCCUCACGGUCCUCCAAGCGUCGAGGUCCUCGCCGUACAUUUCCUCAAUGUCCUUGACGCUCACCUCGGAAAAGUUCUUGGCCCAGUGUGGCUUCCCGCCAAGGUCGCGCAUGAGCCACUCGAAUGCCUGGUAGUAGCGCUGCAGCGAGGGCGGAUCCAGGUCGUAGGGCCUGUAGAGCGUCGCGUUGAGGUACAGGGUCGGCCCGUCCCGGCAGGUCGGGUCGAGGUAGGGCCGGGACUCGACGCCCGUGCCGUCCGUGUUGGCCAGGAAGGUCGACGUGUCGGUGACGCGGACCUCGAGGGGCGCGUGGACCCACAGGCCGCGGCUGCUGAAGGGGAUGCGGUGGUCACAGUAGUCGCGGUCGCCGGGCUGCAGGUUGUUGAGCCAGCACGACAGCCUGCGGAUGGCCUCGGGCCCCUUGCUGAGCGGGAUGGCCCACUCGUUGACGUACUGGCUGUACAGGCAGUUCAUGAGCAGGGCCUUGCGCUGGGGCUGCACGGCCGAGGUGGUGGUGCCGUCGCGGAAGCCGUACUGCAUGCCGAAGACGAACCACUCGACCCAGGGCAGGACGCGCGGCACGUAGUGGGCAAGCCACAGGAGGUUGUGGUAGACCAGGUAGCCGAGGGUGCCGUCGUAGCCGUUGCGCGGGGGGUCGCGGUGCGGCUCGGUGGUGACGUUGGCGUCCCAGACGACAGAGCGGCGGGUGUAGGGGAACCACCAGACGCGGACGAAAUGGCCGCGCUCCCAGAGGGAAGAGUUCCAGUCGCGGAACAUGAGGGCGUCAGAGUCGAUGGUCUGGGUCCACCUGAGCGAGUAGGCGGGGCGGGCCUCGAACUUGAUCUCGACGAUGACGCCCAGGGCGCCGAGCGACAGCAGGGCGGCGCGGAACAGGUCAUUGUCGUGGGUGCGGCUGCAGGUGCGGGCCUGGCCGUCGGCGGUGACGAUGACGAGCUCGACUAUGGACUGGCUGAUGAGCCCGUGGCGCAGGGACGAGCCGUGGGUGCCGGUGGAGAUGACGCCGGCGGCGGACUGCUCGUUGAUGCUGCCCAGGUUGGGCAUGGCCAGGCCCAUGCGGUCGAGCUCCUCGCCGAGCUGCCAGAGGCGGAUGCCGGCCUGGAAGUGGACGACGUUGGAGCGGGGGUCAUGGUGGAUGAUGUCGCGCAGGUCGUCGAGGUUGAGCAGCCACGACGAGGUGCAGGUGAGGUCGGAGGGCGAGUGGCCGGCGCCGGUGGUGGUGAUGCGGCGCCUGCACUGGCGGGCGAGGCUGACGGCCUUCUGGACCUCGCGGACGGACCGGGGCCGGAUGUAGAGCUCGGGCCUGCUGGUGAAGGUGCGGGCCCAGGUCUUGUGGGCGUGGGUGGUGGUGGCGCGGAACGGGAUGCCGUCGGCCGAGUGCUUCUGGAUGGUGUCUCGCACCCGCUGGUCGAGGGUUGAGAGGUCCAUGGUCGUCCCCAUCGCCGUGGCGAUCCAGAAGUGGUGGUGUUGGGGAUCGAACCACACUCCUUGGUACGGAGCAGAGGAGACUAAGUAUGUGCUUGGACGACGCGACGCUGCGAGUCAAGGAGUCCCGCCCUGCUCUCAUGCGGCUGUCGCUCUCGUGUGCCGCCUCAAGGCUUGUGGGUGAGAAAUUUGCCUCGGGUCCAGACCUCCUGUCGGCAGUCGAAUGGGUCGCAAGAUGAG